AUGAGUCAUCCGAACAUCGAGCACGGAAGGAACGGUAAAGAGCGGAAAAUCAAUCGCUACUUUGUAGAUGGAUUUGAUCCAGACACUAAAACAGUUUACGAAUACAACGGCUGCGUACAUCACGGACACCCGGAAUGCACCAAUGAAGACGACCGGGCACCAUUCUCUUUGAAGAAAAUGUCAGAAGUGUACGAGCAGUGGAUACGUAAGAAACUCUUUUUGGAAGGGAUGGGUUAUAAUGUGGAAGAGAAGUGGUCUUGCGAGUCGCUACGUGAAAGAAAGGAUCCGGAUAUACAGCAAUUCCUCUUGAACCAGAAUCUACGUGAUCCACUGCAACCGCGUGAAGCCUUCAAAGGUGGCCGUACCAACGCUUCAUGUUUGUUCAGAGAAGUUCAAGAAGAGGAGCAAAUUCUACAUUACGACAUCGUGUCUUUGUACCCGUUCGUCAACAAAAAAGCUGAGUAUCCAAUCGGGCAUCCGAAGAUCAUCGUGACUAACUUCAAGCCCGUAACGGAAUAUUUUGGCUUGGUCAAAUGCAAAGUUCUGCCACCUGCACGAAUUCGAUAUCUUGUGCUGCCUGCCACGUUCAACGGUAAGCUUGUGUUCACUUUGUGCCGGACUUGUGUUGAGAACGGCAUAAACGACUACUGUUCGCAUUCCGAUGAGGAAAGAAGUUUUGAAGGAGUAUUCUGCACUGCGGAAUUGCACAUGGCGCUGCGACAGGGUUAUCAAGUGCAGGAAAUUUACGAAGUUUGGCAUUGGAACGAGAAGCGUGCGGGUUUAUUUCAAGAAUAUGUGGACAAAUUCUUGAAGGAGAAGUUGGAAACAAGUGGAUUCCCCGCCGGUUGCACAACGCAACGUCAGAAAGAGUUGUAUGUUCAAGAAGUUGCCUUGCGCGAUGGAAUUGUCCUAGACAUUGAUCGCGUUGAAGACAAUCCCGCAAGACGUGCAGUUGCCAAGUUGAUGUUGAAUUCAUUUUGGGGCAAGUUUAGACAAAGAGACAACUUGCAACAGACGGUGUUCAUCUACUCCGUGAAGCAGUAUCUGGAUUUAGUCAGAUCGAAAUCUGUUGAUAUACAGAGCGUUCACGCCGUGACUCCGGAGUGCAUGAUGGUAACUUACUCGCAGAAAGAUGACUACAACGAAGGCAGUAACUGUGCCAAUCUUGCCAUUGCCGCUUUCACUACCAGCCAUGCCCGCAUUCAGCUUUUCAAAACCAUGGCCAAACUUGGACCGCGUCUUUUGUAUUUUGACACCGACUCUGUCAUCUUUGUUCACAAAGAAGGCAAAUGGCUUCCUGAAGUUGGUAAUGGUCUUGGUCAAUGGAGCAGCGAGUUGAAAUUCGACGAGCACAUUGUCCGCUUUGUCUCCUGCGGUCCCAAAGUCUACAGCUAUGAAACAAACACCGGUCGAAUUCAGCUGUAA